AUGCCAUUCUCCAAGUUCGUUAAAUGGUGCCGGGAGCAUACAGAAGCACUCAUAUCCAAUCCCAAUCACAAGAAAUCCUUGGUCCCUCCACCGUCAAUCAACCCCCAACUGCAAAGUCCAUUAUUCGCUCUUCCUUUCGAAAUUCGGAUCAUCAUCUACCGAAUUCUUUUUGGAGACCGGUCCAUACACUACGAGCGUGACUGGGUCGACGAGAAGAGAAAGAAAUGGGUUGUUUAUGCCUAUGUGUGCUUUGCAUCAUCUGAAAGAGUGGAUUGGGAUCACUGUGCCGGCCAUCAGAGGGGGGCCCCUAAUGUGGCAAAAAAUUGGGGGAUGUUUUUGGAUGUGACCCUUCUGUACUCCUGUUGGAGAGCAUAUAUAGAGAGCUUACCGAUUCUCUACGGCAACGAGUUCCGAUUUUCGAAGCGAAGAGAGCUCUGUACCACAUUCCCAAAUCAGGUUACCGCUCCAGGCAUUUCCAGUAUCCGCAGGCUUACUCUCUGGUGGACGCUAGGAAAUGAUAUCCAGCCACAUACAUCUUUGCAAAACAAAGCAAAAUACAAUUUGCUGUGGAGUGCGCUACGGUCCAAAUACACCGCGUUAACUCAUAUCCGCAUAUUCAUCGACUCAGCGUACCUGGCGCCGAUAAAAGACACGCCGAGAGGUAUUUCUGGUGAUACACAGGAUGAGAAAAACCAGCUGUUUUUGUUUCAGAAUGCGUGGCUCGAGGGAUUAGAAGCCAUGAUUGAAGAGAACAAGGACUUGGAAGUGUUCGAGGUGCAUUUCUACACUAAGAUAUAUCGGAUACUGAGGGAGAGGAUAAAACCGUGGCUGAAAGAGAAGGAAGAGGAACGAAAGGCUAGCAAUGGCGCUGUCAGGUAUAAAGCGUACAAGUGCCGGAGUACAGCUAUCAAAUGGCAAGGUUGCCCAGGCGGGUCAUAUGAGGGAGUCGGGACGGACAUCUCGGACGGGAGCUCGCACAUAGGCAUUGAAGACGCCAAAUCCAGAACUACGGAGUUCUGGAUGAAAAAACCAAGAGAAUUCAAGAAUCGGAAAUGA